UUAACCAGCCAGCGAAGUGGCCAUCUACUUCGAGGUGCGGGCACGGGCGGUUCGGUUCGCGUGGGUCAGCCUAGCGCCCGAUCGCCGCCAUUCGCAUAACAGCGCUUGCGCGUGCCGCCGCCGCCGCCCUCCCCGCAGCCUGCCGAGAGGGUUCCGUUGCCGACUUCCGAGGCGAUUGUCCGCGCCGCACCUGCCUUCCGCUUCGGCCGCCGCGGCGCGCGCCUCUUGAGGCGAGGCCGGCGGAGCCUGCACGGACCCUCACCCCCGCCCCCCCCUCCAAGGAUCCAAAGGACUAUACAAUUUGCACCCGUACAUGAGUCGAAUUUUAACUUCAAUUUGACAUAUGUACUGAAAGUCUGAAAGCAGCAGCUGUACUCUGCCCGUGCACAGAGCUCCUGUCUUGAAUCCAUCAUAUCAGAGGCAAAAUGGUGGUGUUGAUCUUAUAAUGCUUGUCACUUGUACAACUAAUAAAAGAGAAAUUCCAAUGGAUGCUGCUGCAGUUGAACUAGAGAUUCAGAGGCUAAUGGACAUCCAUAUAUUUGACACCGAUGCGGAUUGUGGGAGUAACACCUGUGAGAGGGACAACAAUGGUGCUGAUUAUUCAAAAGAGUCAAAUGAGCUUGUCAAUGAAAGAAAGUCGGUUAUUGGUGAGGGGAAAUUACAUCAGCUCCUUGCAGAGCAUACCACUCUUUCAGAAUCAUUUAUUUUUGCAGCAACCUGUCCAGGGUUUGACGAAGAUAAACUUGCCCCGUUACUUAGUUCUUUGAAAGAUGUUUGGACCCACCCACAGUGGAAAGCUUGCCUAGAGCUGCUAUGCUGUGACAAUAUGUUUAGGAAGGCUGUCCUGAAAAUUGUAAAAUUCUUUGAGCAGGAGCUCAAAAAAUGCAGGGAAGGGUACUUGCAUGAAAAAGGCCAAAUAAGCUACUCGACUUUGAUUACGCUUGUUCCCUUGGUCAUUCCUCCACUCCUAAAGCUACUUCGAUUUGUUCAUGCACUGUGGACGGAUGAAGCUGAGUUUUUUUUGCGAAAAGAACUUAGAGAAGCUAAAAGGAUGAAUAGCUGUGAGCAGGAUUUUAGCAAUCUGGGAGCAGAAUUGAAAUGUCGAGAAGAGAAUGAAUUAGGCAAAUGGCUACAGCAAAUUCGAGAGAGUGGGUACAACUUCUUAGGUUUAUGUGCAUGCAUUGAUGGGGCAUUCUCUGAGCUGUUAGACAGUUCAUCAAUUAGUGCUGCUAUUAUGGAAAAUGUGAGAUCAAUGGAAUUCUGGCAUUUGACCAGACUAAUCGAUCUUAUCAUUAUUCCUUUUGUCAAGCAUUGCCCUCGUAAGCUACGGGAAGAAUGGAUGUUUAAGUUCUUCGUGCCCUUACUUGACUACUGUGAAGACAAGCUUCGCUACUCAUGGUUAAAUCUUCUUUAUAGUGGCCAGGCUGAUGUUCCAUGUUGCCUUGGUUACCUUUGUGAAUCUGAAGAAACAAUAGAGCACAUGGAAAAUUACCUGCUGCUUGAUUUGACUCGCAAAUUCUCCAAGUUGCUUGGGUCCUUGUGUUCUUCAGAACUGAAUGGUAGUCUUUUUCAUGUGAAUCUUAAUCCCAUGCAUGACAUGAUUGCCACUUCUGGCGAGUUGAAGUGCACACUGUCAAGCUCUAUUGUUGGGUAUAUCUUGCUUAAUGAUUGUUUUAAAACUUUAAGCAUGAACCUUUUUGGAUGGUGGGUGGAUGACGAAGCAACAAUAAAUGCUGUUCCCUUUUGUAAUGCUUUGGUCCAAGUUGCAGUCGCUACAAACAAUAAAAAGCUCAGACGGUUUGUUGAAGAUGAUAUGCUUCCUGCUCUAAUUCGGCGUCUAUGUGAUGGUCUUCCAUGUAUGGUUCAACGUACCAUCUCAAAGUUAUCUAACCAGAUGAUUCCUCCGAUUCAAAAGGCCAACAAGGAUCUUUUGAUUCUGUGCCAAAACAUAUAUACACUUUGUGUACGAAGUCAGGAUUUGGAAGGUGAAGAUCAGGACUAUGGUAAUGGAGCAUACCAGUUUGAUGACUGGUUUGCAAAGCAAAAGAACGAUCUUAUGGUUAAGGCCUAUUCUCCUAUUCCAGAGAACUUUCCAGAUGAAUUGUGGAAUUGGGAGUUUGAAGAAGAAUUUCAAAGGUACCUUCCUACCUAUAUUGAUCUGCUGCACGAAGUCGAUGCAAUGGAUUACUGCCUGGAGGAUGAUUGUUUUGAACGUGUUAGAAUUUUUGAGAAACUGAGCCCGGAAUUUAAAAUCAGGCAUGCCAUCAACAACUGUAUGGAUCGUAAUAUUUUUUUGAUAUCUAAUAUUUUACAGCGGAAAAUGCCGGCAGCAUAUCUUGAACAACGCGUUGAUCAAAUGAUCAAAUGGCUUUGUAAACUAAUUGAUUUGAAACCUUACAUUCAGAUCUCUGAUAGCUGGAGAAGUGUUAUGGAUCACCUAAGGAAAAACUUCGUCAUAAAUCUAAAUCAUUUUGGAUUGGACAUGGAAGAUGCAGUUGCUAUGUUUUUCAAUUCAAUAUUACUUUUCUGGGAACCUCAGUUUCACCCUUUAAUACGAGAGGAUCAGAAGGAAACGCUUAUGAGGAUAGCUCGUCAGUUGGUUUUAGCAGAAAACAACAAAUGCUACAGGCCACUUGACUUGGAUCCACAAGAUAUCAUGGAUCAUUUGCAGCCUUAUGUGUGUUCUUACAUCUAUAGAAAGAAGGAAGAAGCCGGGUAUUUUACUGCGAAAGAACAAGUCAGGAUGCAUGAAGAAUUUGACAAAUAUUUGGCUUCAGGCAAAUUGGAUGAUGAUAUCACUGAAUUUGGUCCUUUACAGGAUGGCAUCGCUAAGAAAAUAUUUGAUAAACACAUUGCGAAGAGUCAGUUUGCUGGGUUGAACAUGGAGCUCAUUAAAGAUUCUUUGAAGGAAAGAGCUCUGAUUGUGAAGAGGCACCGUCAAAUAGACACUUAUUCUGAAUGUUUGAGACGCACCCUAACAAAUGAGAAGAUGAAAGUUUGUCUUGAAGAAUUAAUGAAAGAGCUCAAGCAUGAAGGUUUCUUCAAUGUCAGUAACAGUAAUAUGAUUUGGGAGGACAAUUUUCUAGAACUUGUAGGGAGGUUUGAAAAUUUAGUUUUUAGAGGACAUGGCUUUCCCAAAUCUCUUGUGGUUCAAGGAAUUAUGGAUUAUUGGGAAAUCUCACAACGGAGUGGCUUAGCUUGGCAAGAUUCUUUUGAAGAGGUUGUUGGAGUAGCAGCUGGCAGAUGGAAAAGUGAUCUUGAGCUGCUUUGGAUGGAUAUGAGAUACUAUGAGGGCUUAUAUUAUGAUUUACUGAGACAUCCUUUAGAAAAGAUCUUCCCACGAAAGGCUGAGGCUCAAAAAGAUCUUCGUGCAGUAGGCUGAAGCUCCAAAACUGAUGUAGCUGAGCAUUAUCUGUUAGAACAAAGUAUGACCACAGUUGCUAGCUCACAUUUUUCUGGUGGCACCGGUUUUUGUAAUUUUGUGAAAGCUUCUAAUGCUAGGCUCCAUUUUGCUAAAUGCCAUUUCAUCUACAUCUUACAAACCGAGUUUGUGAAAAUCUUUCUAUAUGUAAUCCAUUGUUUAUGGUCCCAAAAUUCUGUAGUCUCAUCUAGUCUAA